AUGAAUUCGAUGUUCCCACAUAUAGAACCUUCGUCUCACCUGUUGUCUCCAGCGUCAUCAGCACACAUGCUAGAUACGGGUUCGCCAAUCGUUGCCCCGCUACUUCGUUUUAUCACAAACAACCCUCUGAAAGCCAUUCUAUAUCCUUGCAUAUUAUCAUUAAUCUUUGCAUUUCCUUUAUUAAAUAAUAUACCUGUCCUUCCUCAAGACCUAUUAUUGAAUACAAUUUUCCCACCCACACGAAAUCAACCUUCUGUGAGCUGGUUGGAGGAUGGUGGUGCGCAUAAACUGAAUUUAGUUGAGGUGAAAUUGUUCAACGAUCAAAGCCUUCAUAUGGACGUUGUUGAUUUUCAGGAAACACUACUCAAGGGUAUCUAUAAUGACACAGUUGUUUAUUCCCCAACAACGUAUACCAGCAUUGGCAAUUUUACGUUGCUUGAGGAAAACUCAAAUUUCACAGUCAUGAAGUUUCUAGUUUAUAAUUCAUUUCAUGAUAUCACCUCUAUUCUAUUUGAUAAUAUAAGAAUUGCCAAAGAGAAAUACCCCCUAGAUCUAGAAUUGAGAUUCCCUUCAUUAUUGCAUGCACAUUUCAGUGAUGAUGGAAGUUUCAGUUUUGUCAGGUUUUUUUUCCAGAUUAUAUUGGCACCGUUGGUAAUAUGGUAUCUGGCUAAAAAUUUUUCUGAGCUAAGUAUUAGCUCGAAAUUUAACAUUGGAUUGGCAUCACUAGGGCAGGCACUUCUAGUCACCUUUUCAUCAUUAUCAAUUGUUAGCAUAUAUGGACUCGAAUUAUUACAAAUUCCACCUUUGGUAUUGUCAAUUUGUCCAUUGUUCCUCAUUUUGAAAGAUCUGAGGUGUGUUUCGUUGAAUGUGAAGUACGGGAUUUCUUUUCAAAGCUUGUGCAAGAAUAUACUGGCGGAGUGCUUGCCAUCUUCAAUAAUUAGUCACGUGUCUUUAAUUGCGAUUUCUCUCAUUGAACUUAUGUUCUCGCUGAAAUCAUCCAAACUUAUGGCUCAACUUGCAAUUUUUGUAAUCAUGGAGUGUAUUAUGAAUUUCAUUUUGACAAAUACUUUUUUGGUCACUAUUUGCAUCAAUGAAUUGAUUAAAACCAAUCAAUUUGACUCUUCACCAAAUAAAGGGAAUAAGGUUUUCCCAUACUUGAUUGCAGCAUUAUUUUCAGGAUUGCAAUUAGUCUCUACCGUUACACCAAACGUCAUUUUACGAAAUAUACAUUCGCUAUUAUAUAUAAACAAACGUGGGUUUGUUUUUGACUUGAAUUCUUAUAAUCCUUUUUCUCGUACACUACUAAGUCCUGUGAUCUUCAUGAAUAUGGAUGGUUUCCAAUAUUAUAUCCCGUUGAAGGAGGAUUCAAAAAUGAGUAUUGACAUCUUUUUCAUCCUAGAAUUCCUAAUUUUUUUGGUAUUUUGCAUAUCUUCUCUUUGCAUCAUUUUAAAGAUUACAAUCUCAGACUUCAAGACCCCGUUGCUAGCAAAAUAUCCAACUGAUAUAUCGUCUUCACCAAAUAAAACAGGUUCUUCCAAACAUUAUUUAAAUUCAAAAGAUCUAGUUGAUGGACAUGUGCUCGAUAUUGUUAAAUUAGGCACUUCCUCAUGUCCUUUUAUUGUAUCCGUCGCUAUAGAUCAUAAGAUCUUAGUUUGGUCUCCCUUGAAGAAUCCUAUCCCUGAACCUACAUUGCUACCAAUAGAUAGUCGAUUUUUACCGGUCACUGAAGUUUCGAUGUCUGAUUCAGGUUCCUUAAUCAUGGUGUUCAGUAGAUUAGGUCACAUUAAGUGCUGGUCAAGAUUGACCAUGUCAUGGAUUUGGGAUAUUCAUCUAGAUAUGUUGGAAAAUGAUACGCCUCUAGAAUCUUUUUUUAGAAGAAGAACGCAAGUUUCCAACGGUCGUCGAAAAUUAGCUAGUAGAAGCGCCAAAUCCAAGGAGAAGCCAGCAUCCAUAAUCAACCCUAAUGCUGAUGAAGCAACUAAUCUGCGACCGGGGAGAUCAAUGUCACUUGACUCAAACUUUGACAAUUCAGUUAAUUUAAGAAAACUCACCCUUAAUAGUGAUAUGGAAUUCAUUAUUGUGCUGAAAAAUGGUACUAUGUACACCAUCAAUUGUACAAACGGUGAAUUGGAACAAACAACAUUGUGCAGUUCUUCACUUAUAUGUGCAAAGAAAUUAGUAUCACCACGUGUCAACGAUCGUAUUGUAGCGAUUAAAGAGAACGGCGAGUUGCUUGUUUCCACAGCAGUCAAUAAUAAAUGGAGAUCAAGGCCCGUUAAGAUAGACACUGAAACUUAUAAUAAGGGAAGGAGCUUACUAACCCCAGCAGCUUUAUCAAAAGAAUUCGAACUAUCAAAAACUAAUAACAAUAGCAAAAAGGUUGAUUUUGAUCUUGCUGAUUCUUCCGCUUGCUUUGACAAUAUAGUUAUGGAAACUGUUCCGUUUGUUGGUAUGAUUGUUCAGGCAUAUGGAAGUAAAUCCCAAUUGGUGGAUGUUCAGACCGGGACGGUUUUAAAGGAGUGGAAAAUAGGUAGAUUCAAACCUACAAGCUUCAAAGUUUUCCAUCCUGAACCUUCGCACUGUAGAUUUUGUGGUUGUGCAUCUGUACCAAGUUUCAGCGUUGCAUAUACGGAAUUAGACACGAAUUAUUUGAUACUGCAUACCUUUUCGAUUGACAACAGAGCUAAAAAUAACAUAUGUCUUAGAGUUGAAAGAGAUUCAAGGGAGACUAGAUGCCUUGGUUUUGCUAGUGUGACGGAGCACCAACAUGCGUUGAGUAAUGUGGAAGGUUGGUGUUCUACCGAUUUAAAUAUGUUAAUCGGUGUUAGAAAAAAGGACACUGUCCAUGAUUUGGAAAUCAUAAAAUAUGCAGCUAUAAACGAAGAUGAAAUAGAGAGCACGGGCAUUGAACUAAAUGGUGCUAGGGGAAGCAUACUUGAUUCGUCUCAAAUUGGAUUAAGGAAACGACAUAAUAGACUCACUCAAUCAUCUGUGGUUUCAGACAAUGGGUGUAUGAAAGAUAUUAAACAGGAUGACGAAAUUAAAGAAAGAAGGAGGUUAAGUGAUAUAUGGGAAGGAUGGACAAUGACGGCCCGUGGUAAUGUUAAGUUUUACGAGAUUCCGGAUGGAGAGGAUACUGGACUUCUAAUAAAAAAGUUGGGGCCUGUCCGUAAAUUCGGUCAUAAAUCCAUCGUUGUUUGUUUUGGUAAUAUCAUGAAGGUCUUGUAUCUGGGAAAUGACAAUCUUAUAGAAGAGGAUGAAUGUGAUGCAGAAACUGCUUCUCCCUACCAAAACACGAAUAGUUUGAGCUUUAUUAAUCGUCGUCGGAAACUGCGUAUGAAAAAGUACGAUUUGACUCAUUCUACUAACUUUGAAGAUUCUACGAAAUGUCAACCAUGCAAUGUAUAA